UUCUCGAUGAAUUUGGGUUAGAAAACACAGUGCAGGAAUCGUUUUCCCUCACUUACAGCUCAACUCAAAAUUUACAGCACUUACUCAAAAUUUUCAUUUAGCAAAAGUUAAACAAUCUCGUUUUUCGACCAUUUAACUCUCCUAGUAUGGCUACGGAACACGACAGAGCGGUUCUUCAAACAAUAUUCAGCCCGACAACACCAUUCGGAGAUGUGCCAGGCUUAAAUCAAGCGGAGGACUUGAGAGAUGACGAUAGUGGCUUUGACGCGGAAGUCCUGGAGCAGGUGAAGGACCUGGAGCUGCAGGGUGUAAUGGCCGCAGAGUCGGGUGAUGUGCACACGGCACUCGAGCGCUUCAGUCAGGCCAUUGAGGUGCUGCCCCAGAGAGCCUCCGCUUACAACAACCGGGCGCAGACUCGCCGGCUACACGGGGACACUGCAGGAGCGUUGGAAGACUUAGAGCGCGCCAUCACUCUGAGUGGGGGCGCCGGGCGGUCAGCGUGCCAGGCUCUGGUGCAGAGGGGCCUGUUGCUGCGCCUUGUGUCCCGGGACGAGGAGGCCAGGGCGGACUUUGAGCGCGCCGCGGCGCUGGGCAGCGAGUUUGCCCGGCAGCAGGCGGUACUGCUCAAUCCGUACGCCGCCCUUUGCAACCGUAUGCUGUCUGAGGUCAUAAACAAACUGCGCAACCCAGAUAUUCCGGAGACACAAGGCAGUUAGGGUGAGGUUGAGAGACAGCCAGCCUACUGCCAUCAGACAUCUG